AUGGGAGCAGCUCUGCUCGCUGCCCCGGCGUCGUUGCCCAGUAGCGAUCUCGGCAUUGACCCUGGUCUGCUUCUCUUUGAAAACUAUUCUCCCUAUUUGGAAUUUCUACCAGCCGAUUACAGCGGGUUUGAUGAAGCGACGUGGGAUUUCGGGAACAUCGCCAACAAUAAUAACACCACCGCUGCCACCAACGACAAUGAAGUUCAGAACUUUAGCGGUGAUGGGUUAUUCGACAAUAUCAUGAUCCCGGACUUGAACGUUUUGGAUACCCAGUCUUCGCUCGAUGUGGCUGGAGAUGGCUUCCUCUCUCAGGAGCAGCCUCUCCUCACUGUCAACUCUACCACACCCAUCGAGCAUCCUGCUACUGCAAGCUCUUCCUUCAGCACUCCUCAUCCCCCACCAACGAUGAGAACCAAAUCCCCAACAUCAACAUCCGCCAUUCCAGGAACAUCCACCUUUUCUCUACACCCUUCCCCCUCUUCAUCAUCAUCAUCGUCGUCGUCGUCCCGCAAACGCAAAUCCUCUCCCGAAGAAGAGGAUUCAGCCGUCACCCUCAAGCGCCAGCGCAACACCCUCGCGGCACGCAAGUACCGCCAGAAGCGCAUCGACCGCAUCACUGAGCUUGAGGAGGCAUUGGCUGCCAAGGCGAAUGAAUGCGAUGAUUGGAAACUCAAAUUUAUGAGGAAGGAGGCAGAGAACGAUACUCUUAGGGAAAUGCUUGCGAAGAAAUGA